AUGAAAGAACCAAUUCCACCCCCUACCGACACCAUUGUUGAGUCCGCUUCGGCAAAGCAGCUCCGAUUUCUUGUCAUCGGCGCCGGAUCCCGUGGAAAUGCCUACGCCCGCGCCGUCACAACCGCGACACCAGGCGUAAUCCAUGCUGUCGCUGAGCCCCACCAAUUCAAGCGCAGUGAAUUUGGGCAAAACUACAUCUGGGGCAAGGGAACCCCUAGCGAAGGCCAACAGUUUGCAGAUUGGCGCGAAUGGGUACAGUGGGAGACCAAACGACGGGCACAGGCACAGAACGAUGAAGCAGGAGCAAGUGGAAACACACCUCCAGGCGUCGACGGCGUCUUCAUUUGUACACUCGACGAAACACACGUUGGAAUCGUCCAAGCCCUAGCUCCUUUCAAGCUCCAUAUGCUCUGCGAAAAACCCCUCGCUCUCUCCCUAGACGACUGCUUAACCGUCUACCGAACGCUCCAACCACCAGAAGGCGAAACCAAAACACCACGAGCCCCAUCCAACAUCUUCUCAAUCGGCCAUGUCCUCCGCUACAGCCCGCACAACAUUCUCCUCCGCAAAAUCCUCCUGACAGACAGCAUAAUCGGCGACAUAAUCUCCCUAGAACACUGCGAACCAGUAGGCUGGUGGCACUUCUCCCACAGCUACGUCCGCGGCAACUGGCGCCGCACCACACAAGCAGGAGAUGGCUCCCUCCUAACAAAAUCCUGCCACGACAUCGAUUUUAUCCUCUGGCUCCUCUGCUCCCCACCAUCACCUGAAGCAACAACAACCCAAGCAACAACCUACAAACCCCAUUUCCCGCGCACGAUCUCCUCAGCAGGAACAAUGACCCAAUUCCGCCACCAGCGCAAACCGAAAGCAGCAGGGACCGCGACAAACUGCCUGACUUGCCCAAUAGAACGAACCUGCAACUACAGCGCCGUCAAAAUCUACAACGACAAACACCUAAAAGCAGGCCACACAGCCUGGCCAGUGGACAUCGUAGCCCCAGACAUCGAAGACGUGUUCCGAGUCCACGGCUCCAAAGCCGCUGAAUCACAUCUGCUAUCCCGGUUAGCGGAAGACUACGAUACAACCACAACACAUGAUUCAGCCAUCGCCUCGAGACCAUGGUACGGCCGCUGCGUCUACGAAGCAGACAACGACGUCUGCGACGACCAGGUCGUAACGAUAACCUGGGACGACGAGGAAAGCGCCCCACACCGUCUUGCGAAAACGGCUUCGUUCCAUAUGAUUGCUCCAACGGAGAAACAGUGUGAGCGUCGUGGACGCAUUUACGGGACAAAGGGGGAGAUUGCGUAUGAUAGUCAUACUAUUUCGAUCUAUGAUUUUGAGACGGGGCAGACUACUGUUAUUGAUGUUCCCAAGCCGCCGCCUGAGAGGAAGGAGUCGCACGGUGGUGGGGAUUAUGGACUUGCCAGGCAGUUUGUUAGUGCUGUUGAGGCGGUUGAGUGUUUUGGUGUUGGGGUUGAGGAGGCGCAGGCUAGGUUUGUGGGUUGUUCGCUUGAAGAGGCUGUUCGGAGUCAUGCUGUUGUUUUUGCGGCUGAGGAGGCGAGGAGGGAAGAGAGGGUUGUGAGAUGGGGGGAGUGGUGGGGGGAGAAGUUAAGGGUUUCUGCUGAUGGGUGGGAGUAA